AUGCAACCGGUGCUGAUUUUUCUGGUCGUCAUUCUCUGUCUUGGCGCUUCUGCUCAGUGGGCCUCGCCUUACGGUUCGCCUUAUUCUCCUUAUGGCGGCUACAAUCCUUACGGCGGAAACCCCUACGGCUACGGCGGCUAUGGCUAUGGACCAAGUGAGUCUUUGCUAUUCAAAUUUGGUAUGAACAAAAAGCAAAUUUCUGAAUGACAGUUCUUUCAUUUCAAUAUGAUCAAUCACAAUUUUUUAUUUCUCACACACAAGUACUAAAUUGAAAGAAAUAAUUUUUGGAAACUAUAGAAAAAUACGAUUUCGGAACUUGUGAUGAUUUUGUCUUCGUCAGACUGUGAUUUGUCAAGAACUAUAUAUCAAAAUGGUCGCCAAAGGGAUUCUUGUGGCCAGAAAACCAUUCUUAUUGCAAUUUAUAAUGAUAUUUUGGAUUCAAGAUAAGAUCAUUUUUAUCUCGAAAUUUAAAAUUUUAUCCGAAGAGCUUUUGGCUGCUGUGAUCUUACAUGAUGAAUUUUUUUAAUUUCCUCAAAAUUUUUUCUUACUAAAAAUUUCUUUGUCAAGGUUCUUGUUGUGUUUUUUUAGGCUAUCCACCCGGAAACGGCGGAGGAUUAAUCGGCGCGAUUCUUGGCAAAUAA